AUGGGUGCCGUACAGACCGGGCGCAUCAUUGAGAUACAGGAGGAGAUCUUCGAGGGUGGUCAGCAAGCUGCUCUCGAGGGUGGUCAGCAAGCUGCUCUCGAGGAUCGUCGGCAAGCUGCUCUCGCCGACUACCUGAGCAGAAGAACACAUCACCGACACAGAUCUGCUCACCGCCGCUACCAUGAAAAUCGUCUAAUUCAGGAGAAUAACGUCGAGAACGAGAAUAACUACUAUUCCUACGAGUACCGCCCACGGUACAAUUACGUGCCGCGUCAGCCAGCGCUCCCCGCUCCUCCCUCAGCGCCGGCCUUGCCGCCUCCUCCGACUUCGCUCUCGAUCCCGAUCGUCGUUUGCUCGCCCCAGGCACCGCCCGCUCAGCCCGCACCGCCUGUCCAGCCCUCGCCGCGCAUCAUCUCGACACCGUCAGGAAACGCGCUGAGGAUGCCGGUGAUCACCUCCGCCCGAGCACCCCAGACCGGCAGCUCGACGUGCGCAGCCCACGACGGUCCAUACCUCACCAUGACGUACCUCCCCGCCGAUACCGCCAGCUCUCCCACUACUCUCGGACCCAUGCAGACGAACACGCUCUCCACUACAUUCGUGGCCCCGCAGAGCACCCAGAGCACCCAGGUCGCCCUCGACGGCACCUUCCUCUUUCAGGGGAAUCGGCCCAGCCCCCAGGUGCAGCCCCAGGGUGUCAUCGCUCUCAAGUUCUCGGACGGAGAGAUCAUACGCCUCAGGACCGCGGAUGGCGCGUACAUCAGGAGUACCACAUACGUGGGUAUGGCUUGGAUGGAUUGUACGGAGAAGAGAGAGGGCAGAUGGUGGCGUCUGGAUAAUGGGCGGGUUAUUCAGGCCUGA